GACGUGGCUGCUACGUACCUGCCCGUUUGCCCACUCCGAUUGCAGCAAAGUUGGUGACGAGAAAUACGUAACUGGGUUUGAGGUUCCCAGGCUAUGGAAAGUAUGGUUGAGGAAAAUGGAUCAGCAGUUGACCCAUUGUCUACGGGUUCUCAAAGCGGUGAUGCAGCACCAGCAAUAGCUACAUCGGUACAAUCUGUUAUACAACCCAAUCAACAGUCAGUAAUUCAGACUGCAACCAAUAUUCAACCUGUUGCUAUUUCAAAGGGAAAUGUCAUUCUUGUCAGUAAACCAAAUUCUGUCAUACAAACAGCCCAAGCAAGUUUGCAAACACUUCAGGUCGUGGAAACAGGUAGUGAUGAUAGUUUCUCAGACUCAGAGGAAUCUUCAGAACAGAGAGGAGGUAUUCUUACUAGAAGACCAUCUUACAAGAAAAUCUUGAAUGAAUUAGGUGGUGGUGAAAUCACAGGUGUUCCUGGACUUCAUACACUGACUAUGAGUAAUGCAGCAACAGCAGGUGGAGCUAUAGUACAGUAUGCACAGGGUCAAGAUACACAAUUUUUCGUCCCAGGACAUGGUGUUGUAGUAGAAGAUGCAGCAAGAAAAAGAGAAUUAAGGUUGCUUAAAAAUAGACAAGCAGCCCGUGAGUGUAGGAGGAAAAAGAAGGAAUAUAUAAAGUGUUUAGAAAAUCGUGUCGCGAUACUGGAAAACAGAAAUCAGACGUUAAUAGAAGAAUUAAAAUCGUUAAAACAGCUAUGCGAACCGAAAACUGAUUGA